AUGGUAUUCUUGAAAUAUGAAGAAUUGCGGGAAGAUAUUAAGUUUCACAUCAAGAAAUUGGUCGAUUUCUUAGGAUGUCCUUUCAGUGAAGAUGAGGAGUGGCCCAAAGGAUCCUUAGAAGAAUUAGUGCAAAAUGCUAUCAAGUCAUGGGAGAUGGAGCUUUCACACAAAACCCGCCUGCAAGAUUUCAAAACCAUUAAUCCUGAGAAGUUUAAGCUCAGUGUUAAUGAUAUUGACACAAAUGUCGCUGGAAGGGAGGGAUUAUCUGCGGAAGAGACAUUGAAAUUAGGAAGCUUCAAUGCGUUGUUGAAGAAUUCAUUGCCAGAGGAGUUCAAAUACUACAAAGCAGAUGAAGAGAGCUUCGAAUCAUCUCAUGAAGCAUUUCGAUUGGCUUUACCUCGAGGGUUUGCAUGGGAACUUCUGACUGUUUAUUCUGGUCCUCCUGUUAUUGCUUUCAAAUUCAGGCACUGGGGUUUCUUUGAAGGCCCCUUAAAAGGACAUGCCCCCACCGGAGAAAAGGUUGAAUUUAUUGGGUUGGGCAAUGUUAAGGUUGAUGAAUCACUGAGGAUAGAGGAUGUAGAAAUCUACUAUGACCCAGCAGAGUUAUUUGGAGGGUUAUUAAAAGGGCCACCAAUUUCUGAGUCGACGAAGAAAGAAGAUGAGACUGCUGAAAGUUCAACGCCAUCAAUCCAUGGCUGUCCUUUCUCCGACAAACAAUAAAUGCAUACAUGCAUGCAUAAGAUGUGGAUGGCUCCUGCAUGGUUGUGCCCUUUUACACGCUACUCAGCCUAAUGUUUCUGUGGUUCCUUUCGUCAUGAAUAUUUAAUAGAGUGAGGGCUUUUGAUU